AGUCCGGUAUGAGAAUUGAAACGCAGAGUGUAAUAACAAACGUUCGAUAACAGAGACAUUAAAAAGCGAUUAGUGCAAUUUUUCGAUUUUCUAAAAUGCUCUGGUUAUUGAGCGUCUUUUUGGCUAUACUAGUUGUUUUAUUAACACCCCUUAUAAACUGGUAUUUGGCCUUAUCGAAAUACAAAUCUUUGAAAAAUGUACCGGGUCCUGCGCCAUUACCUGUCAUAGGAAAUGCAAACGAUGUGGGAAAAACAACCGUUGAUUUGCUGCAAUCUUUUAUGCAACUGCAUUUAAAAUACGGGACGUUUUAUAAAUUAUGGUUGGGACCGAGAUUGCAUCUAAUGGUGGCCAAACCGGAGUAUUUAGAACAACUUCUAACAUCUAACGUGCAUUUGAGUAAAUCUGACGGCUACGAUCUAUUCAAACCGUGGUUAGGAGAUGGACUUUUAGUUAGCACCGGAUUGAAAUGGAAGAAACGAAGGAAGAUGAUCACACCGACGUUCCAUUUUAAAAUUUUGGAGGAAUUCAUGAAGGUAUUCAACAAAGAAUUCGACCUUAUGCUCGAUAUUCUAAGCGAAGAUGAGAAAAACAAUCCAAGGGCGUCGACUGAGAUUACGAAAUACAUUACUUUAGCGGCGCUUGACACUAUAUGCGAAACUGCGUUCGGAACGCCGCUAAACGCUCAAAGAAACGGCAACCCGAGCUACGUGAAAGCCAUGGCGAAUUUUUUGGAAAUUUUCACUCUCCGCUUCUUUUCGGGGUGGCUGCGACACCCGCUGAUAUUCAGAUUCUCGUCGUUGUAUCGAUCCUAUAACAAAACAUUGAAAACCUUGCACGACUUCACCAACGCCAUCAUCAAAGACAGACGGGCCGAGUUCACGAGGCGCACCUCCAAAACCGGAGUAUCCGAAGAGGGCAUCAAAGCCAGAGCUGCCCUUCUGGAUAUGCUGCUCGAAACCACCGUCAACGGGGAGGAACUCAGCAACGAGGACAUCAGGGAGGAGGUCGAUACGUUUAUGUUUGAGGGACACGAUACGUCUACGACAGCCAUCUGUUACGUAUUGUACGCGCUAGCUCAGAAUCCGGAGGUGCAGAGCAAAGUCUAUCAAGAAAUUUUAGAGGUAAUAGGAAACGACAGACGAACGGAAAUUACCAUUUCGAAGAUAAACGAUUUGAAGUUCUUGGACGUGGUGGUGAAGGAAGCGAUGAGAAUGUACCCGCCCGUGCCGUUGAUAGAACGUCGGUUGGAAGAAGAUUGGAUACUCGAUGGAACGAGGAUUCCCGAAGGAACGAACAUAUCUAUAUUCCUCUAUGGGAUGAAUCGUGACCCGACAGUGUUCCCGGAUCCGGAAAAAUUCGACCCGGAAAGGUUUCUUCCAGAAAAACAGGCAGACAGGCAUACGUACGGAUAUAUACCGUUUAGUGCUGGUCCUAGAAAUUGCGUAGGCCAGAAAUACGCAGUGUAUCAAGUGAAAACCUGCCUGAUAAAAUUCAUGCUGGCAUUCGAAAUGAUGGAAGACGAGAAGUUUAAACCAGAAAUCGGGAUGUGUUCGGUGCUAAAAUCCCGAAACGGCAUCAAAAUUAAAUUAAAACCCCGAAAUCAAAUCUAAUUAAAUGGUCAGAGCGUAUUUAAAUUAAUUAAUGGAAAUUCUACUUUGACCUGGAAAAUACAAUUUUCUACUUUUUGUCUCAUUUUACAUUAUUUUGUAAAAUCACAUUACAUUUUGUUUGACAUCAUAUAAAUGUAUUUUUUAUUUCAGCUCUUAUUUCUUUGAUGUAAAAUUGAACACGCGUUAUAUGUACAAGUGUUGGAAAUAUUUUUAAUAUUAUUAUUUAA